UAUCCCAUGAACUCCCCUUCCUUGGAAUUUAGUUCAGGAGAGAGUCACAACUAUAAUCUGUACAAUUUUCUUAUCUCCCCUUUUUCAUCGCCUUCAACAUCACCAUGAACAAAAUCUUCAAUAAGCCAAGGACAUGGCUCCUAAACCGAUUUCAUCUUCAUCUUCUUCCUAAUCAGUGGUGGCGUCAAUACUUCCAAUUGUCUGAAUCUGGUGAUGAUUUGCAGCCAAAAUCAUGGCGAUCGGUGGAAGGACUGGUACAGUGCUCAGCCAACUAUGUUCCGCUCACACCGAUUAGCUUUUUGGAGAGAGCCGCCGAUGUUUACAGAGAUCGGACCUCCGUCAUUUAUGGAUCCCUCAAGUAUACGUGGGAACAAACACACAGAAGGUGCGUGAAACUCGCUUCUGCUCUAACGCAAUUGGGGAUUUCUCCUGGUGACGUUGUGGCAACGCUAGCACCAAAUGUUCCGGCGAUGCAAGAACUCCAUUUCGCCGUUCCGAUGGCCGGAGCCGUCCUCUGCACUCUCAACACUCGCCAUGAUUCAAAUAUGCUCGCCACCCUUUUAACCCAUUCCCAAGCUAAACUCCUCGCUGUUGAUCACCAACUUCUUGAUUCUGCUGUGGCUGCCAUCCAUCUCCUCAAAAAACCUCCUCUUCUUGUUAUCAUCUCCGACGCCGGCGACCGGCCACCGUCCGAUUUAAAAACCAACGCGUACCACUACGAGAGCCUUGUGGAUGGUGGGGUUGCCGGAUUCUCUGUCCUCCGACCAACUGAUGAAUGGGAUCCGAUUAGUGUAAAUUAUACUUCCGGCACCACAUCCAGGCCUAAAGGGGUUGUUUAUAGCCACCGUGGUGCGUAUCUCAAUUCCAUCGCCACCGUUUUCAUGCACGGAAUGGCAGCGAUGCCCACCUAUCUCUGGUCGGUGCCUAUGUUUCACUGCAACGGAUGGUGUCUUGCGUGGGGACUGGCGGCCGUCGGCGGCACUAACGUAUGCCUCCGCCGCUGUGAUCCGAAAGAUAUAUUCGAUACCAUCGUCCUUCAUAAGGUGACACACAUGGGCGGAGCUCCGACGGUCCUGAAUAUGAUCGUGAAUUCGCCGGAGGAUCACCGGAAACCACUCCCCCAGAGGGUGGAGAUUAUGACUGGCGCUGCACCUCCGCCGCCGCUAGUCCUUUCGAAGAUGGAGGAAUUAGGGUUUAGGGUAUCUCAUUUGUAUGGUCUCACGGAAACGUUAGGUCCAGGAACGUCGUGUUUAUGGAAACCCGAAUGGGAUUCAUUGCCAACUGAAGAUCGGUUUAAACUCAAAACCCGACAAGGAGUUCGACAUUUCGGAUUGGAGGAAGUCGACGUGAAGGAUCCGAUCACGAUGGAGAGCGUCGAAUGUGACGGGAAAUCGAUGGGAGAGAUUAUGUUUCGCGGGAAUACUGUCAUGAGCGGAUACCUGAAGGAUCCGAAAGCAACUGCGGAGGCGUUUACAGGCGGGUGGUUUCAUAGCGGUGAUCUGGCGGUCAAACAUCCAGACGGGUACAUAGAAGUUAAGGACCGAUCGAAGGACAUUAUCAUUUCCGGAGGCGAAAACAUUAGCACGGUCGAGGUUGAAACCGUUAUUUACAGUCAUCCAGCGGUUCUCGAGGUCGCAGUGGUUGCACGACCUGACAACCACUGGGGUCAAACACCCUGCGCGUUUGUGAAAUUGAAAGAUGGCUUCAAUUGCGACGGACAGGACAUCAUCGACUACUGUCGCAAUCGUUUGCCACAUUAUAUGGCCCCGAAAACCGUGGUUUUCGAAGAGUUGCCGAGAACGUCGACUGGGAAGGUGCAGAAGUUUUUGCUGAGGGAAAAGGCGAAAGUGCUCAGUAGCAUUUCGUGAGCGCAAAUUACAACCCGUUGAAGCAAAUCUCGUAUCGAAUGUACAAAUGUUUUUCGCUCUUGGACAACGAUCAAACGGUUAUGGUUUUUUCGGUGAAUAUAAUCUAAAAGCUAUCUUACCAUCUAAUAGCUAUGUUAUUUAGCCAACAACCAGCUGUUUAGCCAACCGUUAGUUUAUUAAUCAAUAAUUGCGCAUGAUAAUUACUACGAUGCGUCACAGAUGUACAACAAACGCGUUUCAUGUGGGCAACAAUUACCUUUAUAACCAAAA